CCUCCUCACAAGCGAUAGAAAGCAUUACUGGUCUUGCCUGACGGGGCUGUUUUGGAGACUACAGUGGGGUCCAGACUGGAGAAGAAAGAGGCUGAGCAGGAAGCAUGUCCACUGACAAUGAGCCCACGUUCACAGUCAAGCUGCUGCAGCUGCUGCUGCUCUCCACCUACUGGGGAAUGCAGAUUUGGGUCACUUUUAUUUCAAGCUUUGUAAUGGACAGCCACCUGAACAGACACACUUAUGGUUUUAUCCAGAGUCGCCUUGUCCCAUUCUACCUCCACUUGGGUUCAGCUUGUGCCUUCUUCAACCUCACUAUCUACGCUGUGUAUCAUCCCAGCGACAAGCUGAACGACAGAGAAUCCUUUCAGAUCUUCAUCUUCUUUGUGUCGGUGACAGUCGCGGCUGUCAACGCUCAGUGGUUUGGCCAAAUGACAUCAGAGAUCAUGGCGGACAUGCACCUUAUUGAGCAGGCGUGCGGAUUGGGUCAGGACAUCGGCCUUUCGUCGAACCGCGAAGCUUACGCCAAGCUGUCUGAGACGGACGUCAAAUACAGACACCUCAGCGGUCGCCUGUGGCUGUACAGACUGCUGUCCUCCCUCUGUAACCUCUGCUGCUUAGGCUGCAACUUCUACAGCCUCUGUUACAUCGCCGAGAACCUCGUCACACUUUGAACUGACGCAUAGCAGCUGUACUCUUAAGUCUUUGAAAAAUUGUCAGUCCAAAUGACUAAUCUAAAUGUAUAUUUUUGUACCAAACCUGUACGUCCUAUAUUUAAUACAUAGUUUUUUGUCUCUCUGCGGUGUUAGGUAUUUGACACAAAGUCAGGUAAGCCUUGUUGUUCUCGUGCUUUGGGGAUUAAUGACAGGAUACAACUGCCAUGCUAAGAUUUUGGCCCUCGAUUUGUGUUGCUUUUGAAACAAACCGGGCCACUAAAGCUGCAUUUCUCUCCUUAAGGUUGUAGGGAGACAAAUCAAUUUCUGCAAUGAGUAAUGCCUCACCUUUCACCUAGUGUGGCUGAGGCUUGGUGGCUGCCUUGAUACUUUCCCUUCACUAUUACAAUUUAGUACCUUUCAGGAACCUAAAAGCAUUACAACAUUAGAGAUGUUUUAUAAUUGCAGUACCAGAGAAAUUCUGACAGAAAAUAGCCACAUUUUUUGCGUCUUUUUUAUGUGUAAGCAAAAGAAAAACAUAAAGAUGUGCUCCCAUGCUGCUCAGCCCUGCUCUUCCUGUUUGGGUGUAGUUUAAAUACUUUGUUCACAGUGUGGUUUCACAGGCUUGUCUGGCUCACCUUUACGUUAACUUAAGUACACUGAAAGGUUGUACUAUCUUUAGCUCUGCUGGCUGUUUUUGUCCUGUAUGGUCUAGAAUCAAUUCUGCUUUUAGCCUUUUCAAACCACACUUGCACCAGUGGUUUGUUUAUUGGUAUAUUGGAAUUAGGAUUAAUUAAUGUUCGUAAACAGUUCCAGUGUAUUGCCCUGUAAUUAUGUAGAUGCUAUAAGAUUGGUUGCACAGCAGGUUGGUCUAGUUGUGAGAAAGGAUGGUAUGGUAGAAAGUAUUGUUUAGACUUGCUGAGGUGAUGUGGGUCUAUUACGACAAUAGUACGGAGUCCCCAGAAAAUCACAGUGGGAAAAACGUUUCUAAACUAAUUUUGUGUUCCUGUGUAUUAACUUUUGCGUUACUUCACAAGUAGUCACGCAUUGCCAGACCUAUCUCCACAGCGCGAGUAUGGUCUGGCUGCACGUGUUAACAUUCUGGUAUAGCUGGAAAAACGCUCUGGAUUGUUUGUAUUUCUUUAAACCAAUCACAAUCAUGUUGGGCGGUGCUGAGACCCAAAUGCAGCCACGGUGCUUUUGCAAAAUGGAAAUACUGUAGAUAGAAAAUAGGGCUAAAGGGGAGGAGAAUGCCUGGCACGCAGGAUGUCAGGCUUUCACUAAGCAUACCAGUAUGACCAUCUUUGUAACCUUACAGUGUGCCUCAACUGAAAAUGACAUCAGAUCUACUAUUUGAAUUUCUCACAUGCUUUGCUCUGUUCUCUACCACCUCCGUGUCAGUCAUUAUGUGUUCAAACUGCUGUGGGGAAAAUGUAUGCAGCCAUGAUUGGAAAUGAAGCCAAAUCAUUUUUGAGUUGUACUCUCACUAGAGUUGUGUUCUGUGAAGUACUCUUCUCAGGUGUCUGAUUCUUUUUUUAGUCAUAGUAUGUAUAUCUUUGCAUUUGUUUUGUCUGCAGAGAGGAUCUGUGGUGUGGUGAACAAACCUCUCCAUGCUAUGAUGACCUCUCCUUUUUGACUUGUCCUAGUUCACCUAAGUAGCUGCUUAGGUGAAACUCUUCUAUCAAUAUGUUUCUUCUUUCUCCUGUUCCUUUAUUUUAUGUUGGCCUGUGAUACAUGCCCAUUAAACCAAAGUAAAAAAUGCCAUUAACAUCAACUACCGUUACGUAAUCAGGGCAAAGGCAGCCGAGUACUAAUUCUGAAACUACUCUUAUUUUUGUCCAGACCGAACUGAUAAAGGUGACUCUUGUGUGCCCAUAACUGGCAAAUAUAUUGCACUAUUACCUGGUUUUAAAUUGCACGCAUUUUCUUUUCUUUUUUUAUUGUGUUGCUUUUUAGCUUGGGCAGUUUAAAUUAACAAAAAACUUCAAUGCAAAUAAUUUAAAUGUUUUGUUCAUAAACAAAUAAGCUGUACAGUUUAAUUGUAGAAGACCACUUUACAUUAUUUGUGGAUGUUUCUGUUUGUUAAUGUUUGUGAUAAUGUGUUAUAAUUAUAAUAAAAACUGUUAAUGUGG